CGCGCGACGCCGGGUGUGCCGUGCGUGCCGGCGACUCCUGGUGGAUCCGCGUGAUUUUGCGCAAGUUCUCCAGAACCGUUCGGGUAGGGAACUUGCAGGGACCGAAAAAGUGUCUUUGGAGCCCGGGUGCGUCGGGGGACCGUGGGGGCCCAGCGGAGACUUAAGGCAGUCACUAUAAUUAUUUCUAACAUUAGUUCCAAACUACUGACCCUGGACAACAGUGCAAUUAUAUGAAAUCAUGGCUGGUUAUAAGCCUGUAGCUAUUCAGACUUACCCUAUACUUGGUGAAAAAAUCACUCAGGAUACCCUGUACUGGAACAACUAUAAGACCCCUGUUCAGAUUAAGGAGUUUGGUGCAGUGACAAAAGUAGACUUUUCCCCGCAGCCUCCGUAUAAUUAUGCUGUCACGGCUUCCUCGAGAAUCCACAUUUAUGGCCGAUAUUCCCAAGAACCCAUAAAAACUUUUUCCCGAUUUAAAGACACAGCCUACUGUGCCACUUUUCGGCAGGACGGCAGGUUGCUGGUAGCUGGCAGUGAAGACGGCGGAGUUCAGCUGUUUGACAUUGGUGGGAGGGCUCCGCUCAGACAGUUUGAAGGCCACACAAAAGCAGUUCAUACUGUAGAUUUUACGGCUGACAAAUACCAUGUGAUCUCUGGGGCAGAUGAUUAUACAGUCAAAUUAUGGGAUAUUCCAAACUCCAAAGAAAUCCUGACAUUCAGAGAACAUUCUGAUUAUGUAAGAUGUGGCUGUGCCAGCAAACUGAAUCCAGAUCUCUUUGUGACAGGGUCAUAUGAUCAUACUGUGAAGAUAUUUGAUGCACGAACAGAUGAGAGUGUUCUCUCUGUGGAGCACGGGCAGCCAGUGGAGAGUGUUCUGCUUUUCCCUUCUGGAGGUCUUCUUGUAUCUUCAGGAGGUCGUUAUGUUAAAGUCUGGGACAUGCUGAAAGGAGGACAGUUGUUAGUGUCUUUGAAAAAUCAUCACAAGACUGUGACGUGCUUAUGUCUGAGCAGCUCCGGACAGAGAUUGCUCUCUGGCUCGCUGGAUAGGAAAGUGAAAGUGUAUAGUACAACUUCCUACAAAGUAGUCCACAGUUUUGAUUAUGCAGCUUCAAUUUUGAGCCUUGCACUUUCGCAUGAAGAUGAGACAAUAGUUGUAGGAAUGACCAAUGGAAUUCUGAGUGUCAAACAUCGAAAAUCUGAGGCAAAGAAGGAGUCUCUGCCCAGGAGAAGACGGCCUGCGUAUCGAACCUUUAUUAAAGGAAAAAAUUACAUGAAGCAGCAGGAUGACAUUUCGAUCAACAGGCCAGCAAAGAAACACCUAGAAUUGUAUGAUAGGGAUCUGAAGAAUUUUCGGAUCUCUAAAGCGCUUGACCGAGUCCUUGAGCCCAGUUGUUCCUUAAAGACACCUGAGAUUACAGUUUCCAUCAUAAAGGAACUCAGUCGAAGAGGAGUGCUCGCCAAUGCCCUGGCCGGUCGGGAUGAAAAGGAAAUCAGCCGUGUUCUUAAUUUUUUGAUAAGGAAUCUGUCUCAGCCAAGAUUUGCCCCUGUUUUGAUCAAUGCUGCUGAAAUAAUUAUUGAUAUAUAUCUGCCUGUGAUUGGUCAGUCCCCCAUAGUUGAUAAGAAGUUUUUGAUACUUCAAGGACUUGUAGAAAAAGAGAUUGAUUACCAAAGAGAACUACUGGAAACCUUGGGGAUGAUGGAUAUGCUUUUUGCUACCAUGACGAGGAAAGAAAGCACUUCUACAUUGGAACAUACAUCUGAUGGAUUUUUAGAUAACAAGAAGAUAGAAUCAUAGUGUCUGCUUAAUGAGACACUAUAGAAGAACUCCUAACUUGGGAUAGAUUUGACUCUUAUUAAUUAUUGGACAGAGAACCUACUUGAUACAUUUUUAAAAACUAUUUACAGAAGCAGUUCUAUGAAAGAGACUGGAAUAAUUGUGAUUGGGCAAUAAGUACAUGUUUCGGAACAUGGUUUUUCCGUGAAAUGGUUUAAAUUAUUUUAUGACAUCUUUGGCUUGAAGAUCUCAGUUGUCAAUGUCACAUGUCCACCUUGGAUGAGCUGAUGCAAGUUUUAAUACAGCAAAGGUCUGUAUCAACACUUGACAUUCAUGGGGGAGUUCAAAUAUGAACGCUCUUUCCAGUUGGGAAUCCUGCCAUAGGAUCGGAGCCUGGCGUUUUACUUCUGUCCUGGAGAAGCACACAGCAGCACAGAGGGCAACACCGAGGAGCUCUGUCCACUCCAGUCAGCGCCCUCGGGGUUUGCUUCCCCUCUGCAUGCCACUGGCUUGUGUCCUAGAUCACCUGUGUAGUGUAUCAGUGGUCAACCAUAGCUAGCCCUAGCUGGCUGGGUGCUCAGAGUGUGAUGAGGAUAGAUGUGACAACUAAAGGCUCUGUGUUCCAUCCCAGGUUUGUAUUUUAUCUGACUCCUUACAAGGUCUACAGUAGCCGUUGGUAGGCCACUCUGUGUCUCUUCCCUUCAGGAUGUAGCUUUUCUACACAGUUUUUGCCUUGCUUCAGGGGAUUGAUAAAAUUUAUCUCUUUCUUACAAUAAAUAGCCUUUCAGCCUUUUGUACUUACGUUUGGAGCUUAUCUUGUAGCUACCUAACCUUCUGAAAACUGUUUAAUCUGUAUUUAUAUUAUUUCUUCUGUCAUUCCCAAUCAUCUCUGUUUCAGAACCUCAAACCAGAGCAGCUUGCUUUGAGAAAUAGUUGUGUUGUGGAAAGUUUGGUGUGAAUCCGACUUCUUUUAUAAAGAGAUUCUGCCUUUCUUCUUGGCUGUGUCGGUUCCUGAUGGAUAGCUGAUGCCUAGCACAGAUUUCAUAGUUACUACCUCUCCCACCUUCCUCCAGGUCCCAGCCCAUCUCAGCUAAUAAUCUGUAGGAAAAUGUGUGGCUUUAGCAGGAAGAAGCUUCAGAAGAAGACUCUGUAAGGUUUGGGUUCUGUGAAUUUAGAUUUUGGGGGCUUUUUUAGUAGGAAAAAGUAGGAUACUUUUAUGUUCUAGUAAGGGCGUAUGCCCCAAGGUAGGCUCUAGUUUCCCUUUUAUAAAUUGGUUUAAACAGUUGUACAGCACAGUGGCUCGUAAGAAACCAGCAGCUUCCUUGAUUAAGAGUCAAGACCCAAAGUGGUGUUUUUAGGUUGAAGAUUUUUUAAAAUUAAAUGUAUAUUUAAAAGCUUGUUUUUUUUUUUAAAAUCAUAAGUUUACUGAUGAUUUGCAUACUGGUAGAAAUUGAUAUUUUACCUAAAACUUAAGUGCCAUCAAUCGUGUGAUGUGACAUGAAGUUUUCUGUAUGUUACUUCAUUUGUUUCUCACCACAACCAUCUAAGGUUGGCAGUCUUCAACACUGAAUUAACCAAGGUAGUCACCCGUGGUCCCAUGGUCACCAAUGCUUUUAUGUUAAGUUCGAAAGGAGUUUUUAUAUUUGUUGAGACGAAUUACUAUAUACUGUUUGAGAUACAUAUUUAGACAAGAUUGGCAUAUUACAGUAUGUGACAUUGACUUUUUUCUAACUUUAAAGUGCCUAACAGGAGUUUUAGACGUGGGAUUCUUAAUUGAGAGGUAUUUUUGAAAUGUUACUAAGCCUGCAAAAAUACUGAAAUGUUUCAGAGAACUUAGAAAGUCACCACAUGUUUAAUUUAUUAUAAGAAUUAAGCACUUGGGAAGGUUUUGCUUUGUUGGGUUAAGCAUUUGAAGUGCUGUUUAAAGGAGAAAUUUCUCAAAUGUGUAAAUACUAGUAAGUUGUUGAAGGAAUCUGAAUUUUAAAUGUGGGUGGGUGUUACAAGGAAUGUAGUCUAUUCAGUUUAAAUGAAUUCUACCAAACGUUAAUUGAAGACUCCCUUGAAAGUGACUAUUAAGAUGUACUCGUGUUCUAAAUGGAAUAUUUGUAAGUUUAGCUGAAAAGCUUCAGGAAAGCGUCAAACAGCUUCACUUUAACAAGCAACUAUAUAUGGUCUGUUCUAUGAGCAGAAUGCCCUCAUAGACGCUAUAAGAAAACCACUUACUGUUCAGGAGAUGGCUUCAUUCCCAUUCUUUUGGCCAUAGUUAACUGG